AUGACCGAUACAAUUGACGUGACGACAUACUGCGACGAUAAGUCCUUCGGUCAAGUUGCCCCUGCACUCUCCGCCCUUGAGCCCAUACGUGGUGAUAAGGUGGAAUUGGAGAAUGGAAAGGUGUAUGUCCUCUACUUCUUUAAUACCUUUUACCGUGGUGCUGAUGUUGUCAACGAGGAAUUCACUGUUUUGUCCGAGAAGUACGGCCCGAAGGGUGUCGUCUUCGUGGCGAUCAGCAAUGACGCAGACAAAGCGAAGACCGAAAAAUAUCUCGGCAAGGAAAUCGUGGACGAGAACACGAAGAAGCCCCUCCGGCUUGCGCCUCCGCACAUUCUCUUUGAUGACAAGAAAGCAACGGGGAAGACAUACGCCGAUGUGGCCAACCUCAGCGUGAUGUCGUGCCCUAUGGCAUUCAUUGUUGCGGCUGAUGGGAAAAUUGUGUGGCGCCAGCAGUUCUUGCAGAGCUUCACCAUUACUCAGUCCAACUUCGAGGCCCAACUCCAGCACGUGCUUGCAGGGGAGGCGCUUGAAAGCAACGGCCCCCGCCCCGUCGUGCAAGUGGAGGAAGAAGAGGCCGAGGUGGACGCUGAAAUGUCGCUAUUUUAA